GAGAGUAGGUCCUACAUGAAGAUAUGGCCAAAACCAUUCGCAGGAUCGGAUCCGGAGGCCGGCCUGGAGCCAGAAGCGCCGCGGCGAGUGGGCGGUAACUCGCAGGCCGGACGUGACGCAAGGCGGGGGCUGAGCUGCGCCGGCCGGAAACCCAGCAGGCGGCGAAGAUGGCGGAGAACAGCGGUCGCGCCGGCAAGAGCAGCGGGAGCGGCGCGGGCAAGGGGGCGGUGUCCGCAGAGCAGUAAGAGUAAAUGUCAUGUAAGAAGACCCAAGGACAUUUUGGAGAGAAAGGUAAUUGCUGGCUUCAACCGCCUUCGGCAGGAACAGCGAGGCCUGGCAUCCAAAGCAGCUGAGUUGGAGAUGGAGUUGAAUGAGCACAGCCUAGUGAUCGAUACACUGAAGGAGGUAGAUGAAACUCGUAAGUGCUACCGCAUGGUUGGAGGAGUGCUGGUGGAACGAACUGUCAAAGAGGUGCUGCCUGCUUUGGAGAACAACAAGGAGCAGAUACAGAAGAUCAUUGAGACAUUGACACAGCAGCUUCAGGCAAAAGGAAAAGAACUAAAUGAAUUCCGGGAAAAGCACAACAUUCGUCUCAUGGGAGAAGAUGAGAAGCCAGCAGCCAAGGAAAACUCAGAAGGGGCUGGGGCUAAGGCCAGCUCAGCUGGAGUGUUGGUCUCCUAGGGACCAAGGCCUUUGCAUUUUUUUCUACCCUGACUCCCACUUCUGAUUUCUCUUUAUUGUUAUUAUUAUUAUUUUCUCUGCUAUUGUAAUAUUUUUUGUUAAUUAAAUGUUUUGGUCAGAAUGCUUA